AUGGCGACACUUUCGCAGGGUGAUCCGCAGAUGGUCUCUCGAAAAUUCUUGAUCCCCCUGAAACCAAAUGUGCUCUCAGAUAAUCUUCGAAGAUGAUACUCGAGAUCAGACAAUGUGGUUGGAAAUGACAAAUCGGUUCGGAAAGCGCAUGAAAUUCGGAUGGGAGACGAGUUUCGGGUUCAUGCUCAAAGUGCACCCGUCGACUGGGACCAUGGAGGCAGAAGAGACAGUAACAGUUUGAUGAAGAGCAAUCGACAGACAGUUGAUUUUCAGAAGACGUUCGAGAUUCAGUUCCACGGAGGACAGCUACCGAACACGGACAUAAUGGACUCGGAUCACUCGAUUAAAAUGUGGUGGAUGCCUGCGGAGACCAGGAAACGAGGCCUCCAGAACACCAAGUUCGAGGUUCCGAUCGUGUUCGCUGUGCACGUUCAGCCCAAGUGUGUCAUGGAGUUUGUGUGA